UACAUGGUAUCUAUCUGCCGAGUGCCGUCAUUGAAUUUUAAAAGUAACGGCAACAAGUUGUUUUGUUGAACGUAUGAACUCCUAAUUUUAAAAUGAAUUCAUCAAACAAACCCAUUAUUUUAAACUUAGAAAUAGGUGACCAAUUAACCACAAUAUCUUGUGGUCAUGUUCUGGUGGAGCUAAUCAAGUUUAUCGCUUAUCAAAGACUGCAAAUACCUUAUUCAUAUCAGUGGUUAAAACAUAUUGUUACGAAGAAAAAAAUAAGCGAAGACGAGGAAGUAAAGGAAAGUUUUCAAUCUGAAAGACACUUUCGGGCAGCGUCAACAGCGUUGGAAAACUUGGAUUUCAUUCUAAAGAGUCUUCAAAAAGAGAUUGGUGGUCCGUCAAUCCCUGAGGAAGUGUGUAUCAGUCUUGGUGCUACUCCAGUGACCUGUAAGGAGAUGUACAGGGUACUCCUGCCAGUAGCAUGCCAUAAGCCACAGUGUCACUCUACACUCAUAGCCAAUGAUCAGAAAAUACAGAGAAGUGUAUUUAGGACAUUAGUGACAUCAGAAAAAUUAAGCCAAUUUUUCUUCAACCAGCUCUCACCAACCAACCUAUAUGUUUUUAUUAAGAAAAAGCUUGUGAACAAUCUAGACACAAUACUUGACAAUGAAAACUUUGUCUUUACAAGUGGUUGUAGAAUACCAAGAAACUCUAAAAUAAUUGUUCUGGACUUCAGAACUAAAACAUUUGACAACCUCACCUGUUGCAAUGAGUUUCAGAUAUUUGGAGAUAUGGUUUCUGAGAACCCCCAAAACUUAGUAAUAGAACCUUCUGAUGAGAAUGAUGAUGAAUUCAAUGAGAUUGAAUCCACAGAUGAUGUGAAGUGGUAUCAGUCUUCUUAUGUUAUGAAGGGAUUUAAAGACUGUAUUGUUAAUGGCAGUUCUAUUACGAACGCCUGGCUCAAUUCUUGACUGAGUGCAAACAUAGCUCAAUUUAAUAUUUUUUUAUUGAUUAAAACUUAUAUUAUUGUUAGUGCAACUUUGCAUUAUUAUCGACUGACAUUUAAUAACUUGAUGUUAUGAUUAUUGUUUUAGUUUUCCUUACAAUGUAUAAGUUAGGUGUAAUAGGCAAAUUUUUAUAUUGAUUAGUAGAAAUUAUCACAUUUAAGACUUUACAAAUAGACAUAAUUUCAAUGUGUGCCAUACUGUUUCAUCAUGUUUACAAUUAAUCAAA